UGGAGAUGAUCAUGAUGGUGGACGGUCACUGAUGAGGGAAAGAUCUCUAGUCUAGACCUAUUUCCUCGGCGAAGAAUCGCAGGAAAACUUUCAUUUGCAGCAGUUGGGCAACUUCAAAGAGUGGUCAAGAUGUGUGGGGGAUUUACAUGCAGCAGAAAUGCGCUAAUAGCGCUGAACAGUCUUUAUAUCAUUGUAGCUUUGAUCCUGAUCAUUGUUCCACCAGUUGCUAAGAGCGCUGCCUACGUCUCUAGCAUGUACAUCGUGGGCGGGAUCAUUGCCUGCGGAAUCUUCCUAUUUGCAGUAGCCAUUAUUGGUCUGGUGGGAGCGCUUAAACAUCAUCAAGUGUGUCUCUUCUUUUACAUGGUGAUCUUGUUCCUAGUGUUCCUGAUUCAGUUUUCAGUCUCCAUUGCUUGCUUGGCACUUGGCAAAGAACAGCGAGGAAAGCUGGUGAAAGCUAGCUGGAAAAAUUCUAGCAACGGUACAAAGUCGGACAUUCAGAAAGGCCUGGAUUGCUGUGGGUUUGAUGCAAAUGACACCACGCACCCUUCCUGCCACGAGGUACAAUGCUGUAAAACUGGUGAAAACUGCUCCGAUUGUAAGCCUUGUAAAGACAAGUUGGAUGAUGUGUUUUACCAAGGUCUUCACUACUCGGGCGGAGUUGGUCUCUUCUUUAGUUUUACAGAGAUGGUUGGUAUUUUCAUUACAUUCCGCUACCGAAACCAGAAAGAUCCACGAGCCAAUCCGGAUGCCUUCCUGUAGUCAUGGCAACCCUCGGGCAGUGACAUCCCAAGUUCCCAACCCAUCAGCUCAGCAGGACAGCAUCUGGUAAAUGUGGCUUGGCAUGUACUCUAAAGCAGUAAUUUAUUGUUUUCUUGUCAACAUUAGAUACAGCCUGGCUCUAAGGGGAAAAAUGUUUAUCCCAAGGUGUCAUAAAUUGUCCAUUUAUAAUGAAAAAAGAAGUCUGAUUGGGCAAGGAGCCAAUGUCAUAUAGGUAUAUGUAUAUUAUUAGGCCCAUCACUGUUCUCAGUUGAGAACAAAAUUAUUCUUUUCAGAAUUCCUGGAUUACCCAAACAUUUCACACUUCCACAGAUCCCCCAAGAAAUACUGAAGCUUAUAUUCUUGACUCCUCAGUCCUGUUGAGUCAUUCAGAAGUUUUUCAUGCCACAGAGCUCGUUCUGAAAAAGGGGUUCCCGUCAAACUGUUGGUUAGGAUUGACAAAACAUGAUCUGAGCUUUGUGUAGUUAGUGAAAAUGGAACAAGUUACCCUUUAACAAGACUGAUCCGUAAUGGAUGAAAACAAAAACAGGUUACCAGCAGGUAUGCACCACUGCUUCACCAUUGCGGAAAACAGUUACUGAUAAACACGAGUGUCGUGGUGAUUUUUGUCAAACCUCGACUAGCAGGAAUUGGACAGUAAGUCACAUUCAGAUGCAGUACCGCAUAAAAAAGUGAUGUGUGUUCUCCAUGAGACAGCAUUGCCGCAUGAUAUAAGUCCAAUUUAAGAUCUGUGCUUAAUCACAGGGUACAUUGAAAUGACAGAAAUGAUCGUAGGCUUUUGGCUAUUCCAUUGAAAAUAAUAUUUAAGAUAUGGAAAUAUCUGAACAGAGACAGAAUAGGUUUCAAGGCCCUUUAUCAUUAUUUGUAUUGAAUGUUUGAAACUGUGUUUCUCCAGCAGUUUGACGGCAGAAGGUGUUUUUAUCUCAUGCUUCAAAAAUGUGAAUUUUGUUGAUAGUCAUUGAUGCAGUUUUUUAAAGUAUGUAGCUGAAUAGAAAAGGGGUUAAACAUUUGGCAUUCAUUUCAUAUUGGAUCUAGGACAAGUCAAGUCAGUGUGCACAUUGGAAAUUUAACAGUAAAUUUAAUUCUGGUGAUAGGGUGUUAUUAGCAGAGAGUUUGUAUGUUUUUUGCCACAACUGUCGUUUUGAAGUAUUAGGAAGAAUGUGUACGGCUUGCACUGUACUGCAAACAUGGCAAAGGGUGGUAUGAGGUGUGAAGUGAGCCCUCUACUGCUGAGCUUGUAGUUUAUAUGUACCAAGCCAUAUAACAAUCAUGAUAAUAAGCAUAAUGCACUUGUAGAUAAUCAAAUGUGAAACUAAAUGCUGGAUAUAUGCUCACAUAAUAUGAUCACUUACACACACGCAGUUUGUUUUGCUUGUGUUAUCUUUCCAUGAGAG